AACAGGCAAUGCAGCGCAACAUCUGACAUCAACCAGCGAGCAACCGUGCGGCUAGCGUAACCCAAAAUCAGGCUCAUCUUCGCCCGUCUCAACGCGAGCAGCGGGACGACGCCUUGACACAAGAUAUGAGGAGAGGGUGAAUGAGCUGACUGGUAGAAAGCUCACCUGUUUGUGCUGUGGUGGUGGUGAUGAUGGAGAACAUCGAGGAGCUCUCGCCCCUUCGCAUCACCCCUACAGUCCGUGCUCUGAGCUCCGCGCUGCGGGGGAAGCGUGAAGAUGUCCACGGUUCCAGCCGUGUAAACGGUGACAGGGUAUUCCCUGAACCGGAGAAGCUUUGGUUUAAGGAGAGCAGCGCUAAAAAUCUACGAAACAGGGACUUCUUGUCGCCGACCACGAUGCUUAACACGCUGUAUGCGGACGGACAGGUCCCUCCAGCAGUGAUGUCCAGAGUGCUGUCCCUUCGUGGUAGUGGGGUUCUCCCUGUGGCUGGUGGGGAGGUGAUGGGUGAAGGUCUAAGGGUACGGGUGGAUCGGGCUGUCACAUUCAGGGCCGUUCUGGCGGGUGGAGCUGCAGAGUACCUGAAGGCCUUGAGUCAGAGGCAGGGCUGUGUGGUGCUCAACUGCCCCGCACUGCACCCUAAGCCCAACACACCCAGUCCUGACACAAUGAGUUUAGGCCAGCUGAGGACUGUUCUUCUGGCUGACCACAUGGGGGCACUGCUGAGAAGACAGGGAUAUGCUGUGUCCUUCUGCCCAACACUUCCUGAAGACAGCGACAUCAUCAGUUUCCUCCGAGCUCUGGGAAUCGAUUGGCCGACAGCCCCGGGUAAUUGGACGAAUGAAGAGCGGGAGGAGAAGAUUCAGGACUCGCUAGAGAAGUCUCAAUACAGAGAGAGGGAAAUGGAGAGAGGCAGGAGAGCUAGCGGAGGGGGAGGGAGGAAAGCAGAGGAGGGAGAGAAUGAAGGAGCACUCAGGAUCAACCUGAAGCAAGUUUUUCAAGAGGAGGGGCUGCCGGGAUACGACCCCAGCCUUGGCACCUGCACGGUUAACAGAGACGGCGUUUCCCAAUUGGCACAACUGGACCUAUCCACAGCUGACUGCACAGUAGCCAUGGUAACAGCGUUACAUGUGACUUCCUGUCAAGAUGAGUUCCGCCAGCAGCAGAUAGCAAUGCUGUGGAGAGCCAGCGGAGCCAAACACACACAGAGGCAUCUUGUUUGUGGGCCUGUGAAGACUCCUGGUUCACACCUGACUGCUGCACAGUACUUGCAGUUGAGAAGAGGUCAGAUGAAAGAGGCCUCCGAGAUGAAGUAUGGAGAUCAAGUAGAAGGUCAGACGUGGGAGGACAUCAUCAAGGUCAUGACCUCUGCUACAGUCAGAUUCGAGCUGCUGUCGACUGUCCACACUAGUCCUGUGACGCUGGACGUCAAGAGGGAAGGCGGUGUGUCGACCAAGGGGCCCAGAGGAGGAGUGUUUGUGAUGUAUAACUGCGCCCGAUUGCACACUCUGUUCGACAGCUACGAGAGAGGAGUGGAGAAAGGUCUUUACCCAGAAAUCCCAGAGGACUCCCAGCUGGACUUCUCUGCUCUGAAAGAAGAGGGUGAAUGGCUUCUCCUGUUCAAUUACCUCAUUCCAUUCUCGGAGCUGCUUGAACAAUCGGGACAGGCUCUGGAUAGCGAAGGGGGUGGAGCCAGAGUGAACAUAAAAACUGAACAGAUCUGUAAAUUUCUCGUGUCGCUCAGUAAAGACUUUAGCUCCUACUACAACCGGGUCCACGUGCUGGGGGAGCCACUGCCUCAUCUCUUCAACCAAAUGUUUUGCCGUUUGUAUCUGCUGAGAGCAUUGAGAGAGCUCUACCACAGCGCUCUGGACACCCUUAACCUUCCCCCCAUCAGGCAACUAUAGCCCCGACAUAAUUCACCCACCCUUCACUGUUGGCUCUACCUCCCUGCCUUCCCUACGCACACACCAUAUCCAUGUGUAUUGUGUGUGUCUAGCUGACACCUUUUUUGGCAAUAUUAAAAAAAUUAUGACAUUUCACUUGCCCACUGUCCCGCUUCUGCAUUUCCCUGUCAGUGUAUUGUGACAUAUUCUAACUGUCUGGUUAUUUCAAUGAAUAGUGUAACUACAUUAUAUAAAGUGGACCCUGUUCUGUUUUUUUUUCUGGGUUGAAAGAUUUUCUUGGACAAUUUAAGCUGCUUGUAUGCUGUAAAAGAAAUAUUUUGACAUUUGGGUUGCUGCUUAUUUGCUUUCUUACUGACUGAUGAGAAAUUCUUCCUUGUCUCAAGCUGUGUGCUUUUGUACUAUCUCUUCACACACUUACAAAUACAGCUACAGAAGUGCUGCAUAAUUACCUGUCAGCAUUUCAGUUGUGUCAGUCUUCUGUACAUAGAAAAAGGGGCGAUGCCACUAACCAGCAGUCAUUCACAGUGAUGGCAUGCCAAUUGCUAGCUAGCCAGCAGCGGCAGCUUUUUUUUCUGAUGGACAUGGUUUGCUGUUUCUUGGAGUAUAUGCCUGUUACAGUGUCAUGUUUACUAUUAGAAAUUUUGGCAAUAUAUGUGCGGUCAGAAGAUUGCAAAAUAUAGCUGCUAGCAGUUCGUGUUCUUUAACAUAAAAUGCAUAACUUGCCGUUUUUGAUUUAAGUCUUAGCCAGUUAAAUUCACUUUACAAUACACACUACACUACACUAAACAAGUACUUAAGGUAUAUAGUAUACUACACUAUGAUAUACAUAAUAUGCUACGCAAGACAUAUUGCUUGGCACCCUUUGGUCGUAUAGAAAUUGGAAGCUACUAUAGCUAGUUAGCUUUCCUCAGCUAGUUAGUUAGCUAAUUAUCUUAACGCAACGAGUGAGAAAAGAGCGAGCCUGGCUCUAAAUCAAGAUAACAAAGUCCACCUAUGAAUUUUUAAAGUGUGCUAAUUGGAACAUUAUAACUUGUUUGUUUCAGUACAAAAACUUGGCAUUAAACUCAGUAUUUGGAAGGGGUUGGAUGGUUUCCUGGAAACCUCCAGUUGCCUGGAGACACGAUUAAGCUACUGGUGAUAUUAGUCUGUUGUUGUUGUUUUUUUGUUUGUUUGUUGUUUAUUUUAACUCUCAACGAGAAAGCAAGUAAGAACAUUUUCCCAUAAUGUCAGAAUGUUUCUUUUAAUUUUGGUUUUGUUACUACAUGAUGGAGAAAAUGUCUUUCCCUUAAGCACAGCAGGCGUCAGGAUCUAAAUUAGAUUGGCAGAGCUGGUAUACCCUUUUGAAUCUGCUAACUCAACUGAUCUGUAUUAAGACUUGCCUUAUUACUUAUUACCCAUCUACUCACUGUCACCAACAACAGUUAAAUCCUCUUUAGAACACAUGUAACUGUUUAGUCACUGCCUAAAUGAAGAAAAUCAACUUUUAUGAGUCUUCUCUAAAUGUUAAAUGCCCCCAUUCAUGGAAAUCUACCACCUUGUAUUUAUCAACAGUUAGAAAUAUUUAUUGUCAUAAAAAAUAGAGAGAAAUGUACAGAAUAUAUAUUCUUCAUCUGAGUCUUAAUCACUGUGUUCACAUGAUUAUUAUCCUGCUUGACAAAUCACAGAUGCUACUAUGAAACAGCUGUUUCGGACAGUUAUGGACAAACGUAAUGCAUCGUGUCACAAUCUUAGGACAUGCAUGAAAUGGCAUGAUAACCAUAUGUAUGACUUUUAUGCCAAAAAUGCUAUUUGUAAAUUUUGGGAGUGAAAUGAUAAGGAUCUAGCAUUGAUCGUUCAGUUUUUAUUGUUUGUGACCAACAAAUGUGCCAUAGCAUUUUUUUUAAUUCUAUGAUAGUACAGUCCAGUGUUAUUGAUCACAAAUAUCUGACAGAUUUACUUUUCACUGCAUGAAAUGUUGUUUGACCCUGUAAAUGUAUGAUUUAAAAAAGCAAACUUUUUCCGUUAGUUUAUUUUCUUUAGAAAAGGGAAUGAGACGUUUACAAUGUGUUGUUUUUAUUUUAGUGGCUGUCCUGUUAGCUGCUGCUGUAAUUACCACAGUAUUAAAGCAGAGGAUCUGCA